GUUGACCAGAAUAAACACCUUUAGAAUCACAGUCAAAAUGCUGCCGAGAACACUUACAAAUUUUACCAGGAUAAACUCUAUAUUUUGCUCGUCAAAUAAACAUAUAUUGCUCAAAAAUGUAGCGGCUGUAAAUAAGGAUUGGUCUCGGAUGUCUUCAUUUCGAUCAUCAGAACCAGUAGGCGAUAUCAAUCAGUUUCCGCAGGUUGAAAUCGUUAAAAAUCCUCCUGAAUGGAAGUAUGUGGAACGAAUCAUAGCACCCCGUGUUGUUCCAAUCCCUACUGCCAAAGAGGAAUAUCCCUCGGGUUGGAAACCUCCCAAUCCUAAGCCGGAUCUAAAAUAUUUCGUUGCCCGAACCAAAAACUACAUGCUUCCUGUGUAUUUGCGUCGAACUUUUCGCGGUCAACGGAUUGUGACUGCUGUGAGGCGAGUUGACGGUGAUAUUUGGUUGCUGGAAGCCGAAUUGAGGUACUUGAUAGAAAAAAAACUAAAUAAACCUAUAAUAACACGAGUUAACGAAAUGAAUGGUAUCAUUGAGUUAAAAGGCGAUUUUGUUACGAUUGUUGAACAAUUUCUUCUGGAUAAAGGUCUAUAAUUUUUUGUUCCAACCGGUUAAUUUAGGUAUUGGUAGAGUUCAAUAAAAACAAG